AUAAGUGGCUUAAAAGGCACGCGUGCAUGGUUUUUCUUUGCCUGGGUGUUUUUGAGGUUCUUUGAGGCAGCAGUGAAGUGGUAUCACGACAGGCCUUCAGCCUUCUGGCAGUCACUUGUUGAAUCAUGAUGUGGCCUUGCAAAAGGCUUUGGUUACUCUUCAUUGUGCUACUUUACUUAAAAGAUGGAAGGGCACUUGGAGUGUGGAGUAAAGGGCUUGCAUGGACUUGGAAGGCUUCCUCCUUUCCUUAUGGAGCCCAAAUUUCCACAGCCAUGAAGGAUGAGAGUAAAACCAAUCCUGGAGCAUUACAAAGUGGCAUAGCCUCCCAAGCAGAUGGAUCUCUUGCUCAAUACAAGCCUUUAUUUCAGACUGUUCAAGGUCUUCAAAGUAAACCAUCAUGUGUGCAAGCCACAUCUAAGCAGGAAGUUCCAUCAGUAGAGCUUGCCCGUCCCUAUGCUUGGCUUCAGAAACAGAAUGGUCUAACUCAACCUGGUUCUCUGCCUGUAACUACAAUUCAGCCAGAAGUGUCCAAUGGUUCUAGUACUUUGAUCACCUACAGUGGUUCUCAAGGCCAUGGCUCAACUGUCUAUGGGUCAUCUCAGCAAGGCAUAAGUCAACCUGGCUCUGCCCCUGCAUUUGUAGUGACUCAGCAGGGCUCUGAAAGUGCAGUGUCCAAUGGUUCUACCGCUUCUAAUAUGUUAAACUAUUACAGUGGUCCUCAAAUCCAAAGCUCAACUGGUAAUAGCCUGUUUCAAGGACUUUUCACCCAGUAUGAUGGUUUCCAAGCACAAAAAAGCACAAAUCUACUUGGAUCUGCCCCUGCAUUAACUGUAACCCAGCAGGCACCUGAAAGUUCUAUAAUGCCUAAUGGCUCUUCCAGCUUCUCAAGCUCCUACUCUGGCUUUCAAACUCAAACCCCAACUGCUAACUGGCUGUCAGUAGGGUUUUCUAGCCCCUAUGCUAAUUUUCAGAUGCAGCAUGAGGUAAAUCAACCUGGCUCUGUUCCUGUAAUUGCAGCUCAGCAGGCUUCACUUGGUGGAACAUAUAAUGGAUCUAUGUCAAGCUCUUACAGUGGUUCUCAAAGCCAAGGCUCAACUGUCUAUGGUCUGUCUCAAGGGAUUGGUAGCCAAUUUAGUCAAUUUCAAGCACAGCAAGGCAAAAAACAAUGUGACUCUGUUCCUGCAUUAACUGUAACCCAGCAGGCACUUCAAGAUGCCACCACAACCAGUGGCUCCUCUACCUCCAGUUUAACAAGCCCUUACACUGACACUCGUAGCCCAAUUGCAAGCUGGACAUUACAAAUGCUUUCAGACAAAUAUGUUGGUUCCCAGCAAGGCAACCAGGUUGGCUCUUUUCCUGAAUUUACUGUGACCCAGCAGGCUUCAGAGGGUGCAUUAUCCAUGUCUAGUACUUCAAGCUCGCACAGCAGUUCACAAAGCCAGGGCUCAACAUUCUAUGGGCCGUCUCAAGGGCUUGCCAGUCAGUAUAAUUUCCAAACACAGCAAGGUCAAUUAAGCCCUACCCCUGCGCUUGUGAUUCAGCAGGCCCUGCAAAAUGUAAUAUCCAAUGAUCCUAAAACUUCAACCUCUUACAGUGACUCUCAAAAUCAAGGCACAACUGGCUAUGGGCUGUCUCAAGGGCUUUCCAGCCAGUAUAGUGGGUUCCAAGUACAUCAAGACAUAAACCAGCAUGGCUCUGUCCCUGCUUUAACUGUGACCCAGCAGGUCUCUGCAAGUGGAAUUCCAAGUGGUCCUACUACAUCUGGUAUGUCCUCUAGCUCACAUGUUGGUUCUCAAAACCCCUUUACCUAUUGGCUGUCACUAGGACUACCUAGCCCCUAUGCUAGUUUCCAGACACAGCAUGUUCAGCAGCUUGGCUCUUUGCCCAGACUUGUUGCAAUGCAGCCAGCCACUGCAGGCACAAUCUCCAAUGAUUCUAGUACUUCGAUCUUCUAUAGUGAUUCCCAAUAUGCUGCAUCCCAGGGGCAAAGUGUCAAACAGCCUGGCUCUAUGCCUGGAUUACCUGUGAUUCAACAAGCCUCUGCAAAUGCAAUAGUAAAUGUCUCUAUUUCAAGCCCCUACAGCUCUCCAAACAUGGGCCCAGUUGUUCCUGGAUUGUCUCAAGGCAGUGCAAGCCAGUCUGCAAGAGGCCAGUUAACCCCUGCGUCUGUCUUGGUUGUGACUCAGCAUUCACCACCCAGUGGUUCUUCUACUUCCUACAAUGAUUCUCCCAUUCAAGGCACAACUGCCUAUGGGCUAAUUCAAAGGCUUUCCAACCAGUACAGUGGCUUUCAAACACAGCAAGACAUAAACCGACUUGGCUCUGUCCCUGCUUUAACAGUGACCCAGCAGGCCUCUGCAAGUAGAGUGUCCAGUAGUCCUACUACCUCUGGUGUGUCAUCUGGGUCCCACAGUGGUUCUAAAAACCCCUUUACCUAUUGGCUGUACCUAGGACUACCUAGCCCCUAUGCUAAUUUCCAGACACAGCAGAGUGUUGGGCAGCUUGUCUCUAUGCCCCAAUUUACUACAAUGCAGCCCAUCAAGAGCACCGUGUCCAAUGGUUCUAGUACUUCAUUCUUUUAUGGUGGUUCUCCAGGUCAAGUCUCAACUGGAUAUGGGCUGUCUCAAGGUCUUGCCAGCCAAUAUGGGGAAUUCCAACCACAACAAAGUGCAAGUCAGUUAAGCAAUGCCCCUGCAUUUAUAUUAACUCAGCAGGCCUCUGAGAGUGCAGUGUCAAGUGGGUCUACUUCUAAUACUUCAACCUCUUAUAGUGACUCUCCCACCCAAGGCUCAACUCGCUACGGGCUGUUUGAAGGGCUUUCUAGCCAGUAUGGUAGACUCCAAACGCUGCAAGGCACAAAUCAGCCAAGUAGUGGUUCAAGCUCUUACAGUGGCUCUCAAGGUCAACCCACAACUAGCUAUGGGCCAUCUCUGUGGCUUUCUAAUCUUUAUGGUAGUUUGCAGGCACAGCAAGGUGUACAACAGGCUGGCUCUGCCCCCUCACUACCUUUGAACCAGCAGGACUCAGAAAGCACUAUAUCAAGUGUCUCCAACUCUGUUCCAAGUGGCUACAGUGCUUCUCAAAGCCAUAGUUCGUCUUCAGGGCCUGUUGGCAGCGCUCUCAGCAUACAGAGUCAAAAUGUCCAGAAGCUGGGUGCCUUCAAUCAACAGGUUCCUGCUUUGUGGUUGGGUCAGCAAUAUUGUAAAAAUCUUGUGUACAGUGCCUCAUCAGAUAAUUCCCCUAGCAUUUCUGGUAGUAAAAGCUCAAUGGGCAAUAUCUCCUCUUGAAAUCUGUUCAAUGAAGUAUUGUGUGUAAUCGUGCUUUAUUAUAAAAUCCUUGCCUUUUUGUUAUUAAAGUGUCAUGAUUGUA